AUGAACUCUAUCUACAAUCAUGGGUUGAAACAGACUCAGACAAUAACCAAGGACCUCACCGAGUUUGAAAAGAAUCUUUCCACGUCGCCAUUGUCCCUUCAAGGGGCAAUCACUACAUCCAUCACAGCAUUUAAGAAAACAAUCAAGGACUACUCCGACCUUCUCGAUAAGAACAGUACGGACGCUGCAUUCACCAAACACGAGAGUCGGUUGAGCAAGUUCAACCAGGACUUGGACAGUUUCACCACCAAAUUCGAAUCGUUGAAGAAGCAACGAGAUAUAGCUACCCAGGAGUCCAACAAGCAGGAAUUGCUUGGAAGAAGACACGUAACUCACGCCCACGCCGCCGCCACGCCCAGCGACAACCCAUAUGAUCCCACCCAGCAGCAGCAGCAGCAGCAGCAGAGCAUGAUGUCCCAGCGCGAGGGCUUAUAUAGGGAGAACGAAACACUAGCGCGCGGCUCCGAGCAACUUGACCGGAUAUUGGAAAUGGGACAACAGGCAUUUGAAGAUAUCGUGGAACAGAAUGAAACGUUGAGAAAGAUCCAGGCUAAAUUCGAGGAGAGCUUGAUGACCUUGGGCGUGAGCCAAGGCACCAUAAGGAGUGUUGAAAAGAGGGCCAAGCAGGAUAAGUGGCUCUUUUGGUUCUGCGUUGUUAUGAUGCUCGUGAUUUUCUAUUAUAUCAUUAAAUGGUUCAGGUGA